AUGAUUCGGUUGAGUUUCAUCUAUUGGAUUGGCGCUUUCGUCCCAUUAUGCUUGGGACAAGAAGCGGGAUGGCUUGAAGGUCAGGUAAAUACGACAUUGUGUUACUGGACAUCGCCCCGAGCUGCGGUGGUACGAGACACCUUCUAUAUUGACGGAGGAGAGUUGUACUGGGAGCCUGGUAUGAGCGAUGGAACAUAUGAUCCUCCCGUCAUCGAUGGGAAUCCACUAGGACUCGUAUAUCUUCUCAACUUUAGCACUCCUUUUCACACAUCAGACAAUAUCUCUUCUAUAUUUACAACCAUUUCCAAGGCUCCGAAUGGAGGAUCCGCCAGUAAUCUCGGACCAAACUAUGUUGAUGGGGCAAUGUUUGCAAACGACGACGAAUGGUACACUUAUGGCGGGCUUUUGUCUCUCACGAAUGCCUUUUCAACUCCAGAUGCAGACUCUGCCAUAUCAUACGAAGUCUACUCGGAUGGUACACCUGGUAAACAGUUCAACCCAGGCUUUGAACAAGUCGACCUACCAGCAGGCUUGACAAGAUAUGUGACGUACGGAGGAGCCGUUAGCAUUCCAUCCGAAAAUCUAGGAUUCUAUUUUUCUGGAUACAGAGCCGCAAGCUUUGGACCUAUUUAUAAACAGCCAGGCCCGAGAAAUACGUCUUAUUUAGCAAAUGUGACAUCUCAAACUUUGAUUAGCAUUGAUAUGGCGAGUCAAACCGCACCCAAGUGGUCUAAUGACUCUUUUCCGUCGACUGUUCCAGGCCGUGCGAAUCCUGAAAUUGCCUGGAUUCCCGUUUCGGAUAAGGGAAUAUUGGUCGCAGUUGGUGGAGUUAUCGAUCCAUUUUAUUCUAGCAUUGCCCAGGCCAACAAUGCAUCUACCAACGAACAAAGCAAUCAAAUAAGUCCCGGCUUCAUGACAACUGUUUCCAUUUACAACAUCGCUGAAAAAGUUUGGUACGAACAAGAAACAUCAGGAAACUCUCCAGGGGCGUUGACCCAAGGAUGUACGGUAGUUGCAUCAGCUGAAGAUGGUUCAAGCCAUAAUAUCUAUUGGUAUGGAGGCUAUGAUGGUAUUCACCCCACGCAAGCUUUCUCGGAUGAUGUUUAUGUUCUUUCGAUUCCUUCAUUCAUCUGGACGAAAGUUUACACCGGAAGCGAUACUCAUGGUCGGGCUGGACAUAAGUGUGUCAAACCAUACCCUGAUCAAAUGAUGGUUUUGGGUGGAUAUGCCGCUCUCACUACUGAGAUUCCACGAUGCCUUGAAGGUGGUAUGAUUCAAAUAUUCAAUCUCAGUGACCCGCAAUGGCUGGACUCUUAUGACCCUUUGGUCUGGAGUAAUUACACUGUACCCAGUCAAGUCGUAUCUGUGAUUGGAGGUUCUGGGACGGGUAGCGCUUCACAAACUAAACCGUCUGGAGGUUUCACAAAUCCAAGUAUGACAGAGCUCUUGGGAACUGCCUACAAUACAACCAAAAUCACAAACUGGUAUCCGUAUACCCCAGCUUCAUCAACCCCUCCAAAUAACCGAACAACUCUUCCUACACCCAUCGUUACCAAAUCUGGAACACCUUCGUACCUUGGACCUGUUUUAGGUGUCGUGUUGGGUCUCUUCUUCAUCACCCUUCUUAUUUUAGGCUUUAUCAUCUAUCGUCGUCGCAAGAUUUUUGGCCUCUCGCGAGCGGAUCGCCAAAGUGAAGCUGGAACUUUGUAUGAAAAUCGCCGACGUACUCUCCGAUGGCUUUAUUCUACUCCUAGAGAUGUAAAGGCUCCUACCGUCACAACUGAUGAAACGGAACUCAAUGCGGUAUCUUCGGAAGCUGACACUGAUCACACACGCGUAUUCGCCGCCGAAAUGCCAGGUGAUACACAAUUUCACGAAAUGAUGGAUACAUCUCAGCCCUCGGAACUCCACAACACAGGCUUUGUGCCCCUAUCCCCUAAGUCUAAUGUUUGGAACAACAUUUCCCGUAACCAAACUCCCAUCACGCACUCUCCAUCCGCAGGUUCCAAUCACUCGCAUGCUAGCACCGUCUCUCGAAGCUCGGGUCCAAGAUCCUCUCCCAUUUCUCCUGCUCGCGCGGAUAGUGUGACGCUCAACGAACAGGCAGGAGGUACCACGAGGGAGAGAAUUCAUAGUGAUUUGAGUAGUGUUACUGAAAGUGAAAGAACUCACUUAAGACAAAUUAGUGAUGCGAGUGUAAGUGUAGAUGGAGACUAUGGGAAUCUACCAACGCCUGAGAUACAGAUUGAGAGACCGCAUGAGGAGCGUGGGGUUGAACAAGAGGUUGAGAGACCCGGAGUGGUCAGUCCAUUAACGCCACCGCAGGGGGUGGGACAAGGGAGGCAGCAUUACUUUGGUCCAGAUAGUGUUGGAGGCAAUGCUGCACAGAAUGUGCCAGCGCCUGAAGCGAGGAGGAAAAGUAAUUUUGAGGAGAAACUGGACGAGUAG